CAGUUAAAGGUCGUUGAAAUUGAAAUGUUACACAUAUUACAAUGAGCUCUUCAUGCCUUUUGUUUAAUAUAAAUUGUUUGUAUUUUGCAAUUCAGUGUUUAACGAAUAUUAAUAUAUAGAACAACAUAGGUCAGUACAUCCGCUUCAAUAAUGAAGUUUAUCAGAGUGAUAUUUUCAAUCAGCUGCUGGUUAGCGUUAGUCACAGGCAUUAACGAUAUGAAAUCACAGAGUUUUAAAUGUAUCUUUGACCCAGAUAAAACUAUUACCAAAAUAAUACCGGGUGAUCUUGUUAUACAACAUGAAAAUGAGUAUGGAAAUAAGUAUAGGACAACACUACAACCAGUUGACUGUUUUAUAAAUGUGCCGAAAAAUUCGAUUAUCAAUAAAAGUGUUGACGAAAUAAGCGGAGAGCUUGAAAUACAGAAUUUGCAGAGAGCCGAAGACCCACUAAUUGGCAUAGACUACAAUGAAUAUUUAGAAACAAGUACAGGAAAUAAAAUAGACAACUCAAGCGAGGGAGAAGGUCUACGAAAAAGAAGACUGAAGCGCGUGAUUAACACAGAAGAUGGCACUGAGAUAGAAAUCUAUUAUAGAUCUAUAGAUGAAGAUAAACAACUUAAAAAGCAAACGUUUAAAAUAAUUACGAAAAUAGUUAACUCGAAGAAAACAACAGAUACAACGCCAACCACAAAUAAGACAAAAAAAGACAUACUAAAUUUGCGAAAACAGGCCGUUUAUCAGAGGUCUAUUAACGAGGACAAGUUAUUCAAAACAAAAAAUUAUACUAAAAUGACGAAAAGGUUGAAAUCAAAACACAUAAGUCGGGCCUUGACAAAAAGUUCGGAAAAUCAAGUGAAAAAAGACUUUUGCAAUAGUGAACGCUUUGGCGGGGAAAGCUCAAAAAGUGAAAGUUGUUUUAGCAAAAGCUUGUUUGGUGAAAGUUACGAUCUAGAAGCAAGUAGUAGUAUUGCAACUAGAAAUGAUAUAUCGGAUAUAGCUUUAAUUGAGUCUGAUAAAACUCCGAGCACGGCAGUCUUGGAAAGACAUAAGAUCGAAAUUAAAGAAUCAAUAGCAAAUAAUAUGUUGGAGCACACGCAUCUAGUUUAUAGUGAGAUAUCUAAAGCAUCUACUGAAAUCUCCGAUUACAAAUCAAAGCGUUCGUCAUUUGAUAAAAUUAGCGCUAAUAAUUUGUUAGAAAAUAUUUUGUUUAAUUCAAGGUUUAUUUAUGCUUGAUAUAUAUGUUAGUUAUAAAAAUAAAAAAAUCCGAUUAUUGGG